AUGGGGAGAAUUAAGAAGGUGGCUAGCCAAAAGCACGAGGCUACGAUUUCGCCUUUCUUGGGAGAAUUCAUCGGCCGUGCGACUAGUCUCCCAGUUGCAGAGCUUCCUUCGCUUCUAAACACGUUUCCUCGGCUAUGGCCUUUCCCUCGCGGCGAUCUAUACCACUGGAUCAAUGUCUUGGACCGCUUCGAUGAGAUUCUGGCCUCCGUCAUCGAGAAAUACUUCCUCAACAUCGGACCCCAGACACAAUCGUUCGGUCGAAGCGUUUUGGAAGAAUCAUAUGCGGCUGACCCCGCUAAGACACCAGCAGAGGGCAUCGAUGCCAAGUUGAAUACUUUGGGAUAUGGGCCCGACGGAGACCGACAGUUGGUGGAGGCGAUUCUAGAGUUUUCGCGUCUGCUUCUCGAGAAGUGCGGUAACCGCAGCCUGUACAGCAGCAGUGAACGCCUGGGUGACCUUUUGAAUACUACCUCCCUGUCCCUCCUCCAAGCGACUCUACGCCUGUCCCUUUGCCUGGCCCAGAGAUACCACUCCCGCCAACGCGGAUCCCACCAACAGACUCUGUUGGCAAACCAUUACAACAUCGACUUGGAGAAACUUCACAAGAUUGCUGCGGUCUUCCCGCGCCCGUUCUCCGCGAGCAAAACGCCAUUUGCUGCUACCCCCGCGGUGUCGGGCAAGGGCACGGACAGUGCCGUUCAAACCAAGCUCAAUGCCAACGAAUUUGCCUCGAUCGUUCGUGAUGAGGACGGCUGGGAGGAAUGGGGUAGCGUUCGUGUUCUCUACUAUCCUUCUGGUUCCUCCGAGCAGACUCGGACAACCUCCGAAUUUGGACAGGCAGACACCACCCCUCACGCGCCGACCACACCGACCCCUCUCCGGCGUAGUGCCACACAUCCUACACCACGAUCUAGCCGCGCAUCUAAUGUGGAGGAAUCUCCCACAGUCGCACCGAAUACGGUCGGGAAACCGGACGAGCCAUCUCGCAGUGGGAAAGUCUUAGAGUUGCCAUUCUCGAAGGUUUCCUCAACCAAGGCCGAGGAUCUCCUUGCCACGAACCUCCCGAAUCUGCCCCUCGAGUCAAAGUAUGAACUGCUACAUAAGGUUCGUGUUGCCCAGGCUUUGACCGAGUCGCGUGCCACUCGUGAACAGAUCCUCGCUAUUCGGAUCCUGGCCGUGACGAACCUCGCCUACGUCAACACGGAAUCUGCAUUCCAACAAAAGGUCCUCCAAUAUGACAUGGAAGAAUCAAAGCGUCUUCAAUUGACCUACCAGUUGGCCGAACUCGUACAUCUAGGCGCUAGUGGUGACCUAGAAGUAUCGAGAACGGUGCAGGCCUUGGCUCUUCAGGCGCUCGAUGCGCUUGCAAAACACAAAGCCCGUGCCAAUGACGUCUGUGCUGCUCUGAGUGUCAACGUCAACCACGGUGUUCUGAUGUUCUUGACCCGCAAGGUCGUCAAUGAACUUGGUUCCGAGGAGGAUAUCACAAAUGACCCUUACCAUGAUGAAUGGAGAGAUGCGUUGCUUGCUCUUUUGCGUACCCUUCCGAGCUCAAGCUCCCGGACUCCGGAGACACUCGUCGCCGCCGGUCUCAUCCCCAUGUUUGUGGAUAUCCUUAACCUUCGAACCGAGAAAGCUCGGCGGGUUUACUCGCGGGUCAUGGAAUUCCUUGACACCUUUGUUCAUGCUGUCCGUGAUGCAUUGGGUACUUUGACCACGGCCAAGGGCUUUGAUGCUAUCUCUGAUCUGAUCGACUACGAGACCAAGACUGCAUUCGAGAAGGUCUCUCGUGGAGAUGGAUUCCCUGCCAAAUACAAGAACCCGUCGAUCGAUUACCAGAUCCCCUACUUCCAACAGCAGACGUUACGAUGGAUGUUCCGCUUUGUCAACCAUAUCAUGCAGCACAAUGGUGGUGGCUUUGACCGUGUGUUGCGAAAUCUUAUUGACUCCCCUCAGCUGCUGACGUCCUUGCGGCUGGUCUUUGAGAAUGCGCGCAUCUUCGGUUCCCACGUCUGGAGCAAUGCUGUGAACAUUCUGAGCAGCUUCAUCCACAACGAGCCAACGAGCUAUGCCGUCAUCGCUGAAGCUGGUCUCAGUCGAAGUCUACUGGCUGCCGUCAUGGGCCGAGAGCUCCAAGCCAAAGAGAAGCCGCCUGCCGUGGAAACCCAGGACGCCGAACCCCAGGAAGGCGAGUCCUCUGCCCAAUUGUCUACCUCACUGUCUGCUCUUCCCGUGGAGGAAAAGAAGGGUCGGGAGUAUAUCGUUGCCAGGCCCAAGGAUUCUACUCUCGCACCGGGAAUCAUCGCAGCCGCCGAUGCCCUUGCCUGUAUUCCCUCAGCAUUCGGUGCUAUUUGCUUGAACUCAUCGGGCUUGGAUCUCUUCCAGUCAUCUGAUGCUCUCGAGAGCUUCUUCGAAAUUUUCGAGAACCCCGAGCAUGUCAAGUGCUUGAAGGAUGAUCCCAACUUGGUUCGUUCCCUUGGUACAACCUUUGAUGAACUUGUUCGUCAUCACCCAGCCUUGAAGACCUCUAUCAUGACUGCCGUUCUUGUAAUGGCUGCUCGUGUCAACCUUCUCGGCAGGGUCAAGGCGUGGGAGUUGGGAAUGGGCACCAAGCUCUGGCAAGAGAAUUCUGAUGGUCAAGUGGUUCUCUCAGGAGAUGUCUUUUCUCUUUUCCGUGAGAUCGGCACUCCCAGUGACGCGUCGACAGACGACCCGACAGUUGUCGGCGCUCCCCAGCUAAAUGCUCAUUCUCUUCCCAACGGUGGAAAGCUUGUCCUCGGUGAUGUCAACCAGCUGCUUCCGUCGCCGCAGGCUGACUUCGAGCCGAAAGAUAAGGACGAGCAUGGCCUUACCGUCACAGACUAUCUCUUCCCCGCUAUUCGAUUCCUGGGUGCUUUCUUCGAGAACCAGCCGAAUUGCUCUGCUUUCAUUCUCGCUGGUGGAGCGGAAUUCAUUCUGGACUAUGCUACACUUCAAAGCCUGUCGUUUGAUUUCCACAACACCGAUGCUAAUCAAGAACUCACGGUCCUGGUGCAUAUGCUUGCUGAGACGAAGCCACACCUGAUUAUUCCUUCCCUCAUGCAACGUGCCCAGUCGGCGGUUAACAACCUGGAGGCCUUUUGGACUGCACCCAAAGAGUCUGGGUUCUUCACGCCGCUGAUCACGCCGGCUGACUCGAAGGCGCCGGCACCAGAGCCCACCCCGGCUGUCAACCAUGGCACCUUCUAUGUCAAGCACAUGAAUGCUGUCCUCGUGCUCACGGACCUACUUCGCGAGAUCUAUGCCAUGCCUUUGUAUCAGACUCGCUCGGCGACCCAGAGCUAUCCUUUCAGCCAGGUUGUUCUUGCAGACAAGUAUGCCGCCCUGGUUGCUUCUCUGGGCAAUCUUCAUGCUGCUUGCGUCUGGGAAGAGAUCAUGCUUGAGAAGAACAUCCCGGAGAAAUGGUUGCAAGCCAUCAAAAAUACGGCAGAGAAGCCCGGCUCUAACCCCACAGCCGCGGCUACCCAGGCUACCUCAUCAGCGGCCCCCGCUACUACUGGAACCCAAGCCGAAGGCUCGGGGGCAGUCGACGCUUCCAAGGCGCCAGCUGGAGAAGAGCCUGAAAGCGAGGAGAGCAAGGCGGCGACAGAGCGCAGUGCUGCUUUCAAGAAUGUUCAAACUCUACGUUAUCUUUUGAGCUCCCUGCCUACUUCGAUCACCGGCUUCUUCCACAACCUUGGGCUUGGUCUCAUUACCCGAAAGCGGAUGGAGAACAACGUUACCGCGAGACAAAACUCCAAUAUGGUAGCUGAUGCUAUUGCUGAUGCUGUGCUUCGUGAGCUCCAAUUUGGUCCUGCCAAUUCGUGUGACAGCUCGAAGCAUCGUUUUGCUUACCUCAUUGUUAUUCUGUCCUCGUUCUCGCAUCUUCUCUACGAAGUCACCCACGAUCGUCCCUCAAACAACUACCUCACUCUCGUCCUCCUUGCAUUCAAGCGGAACAACGGGCUGAAGGUCCUGAAGGACAUUUGCGAUGUCUUCAUGCAUGAAGUCAAGGCUCUCGAGCCAAUCCAGAACGACCCCGAGAAGGCUGACAAAGAAUUGACUGAUCGGCUCACAUCUGCCUAUGGUGGAAUCAAGAUUAUUCUUGCGCUGUUCUCUGAACUCGCUGCCGGAAAGAGCAUCAUGGAGUCCAGCCAGACACAGGCCCUCUCAAGCCACCAUGACCGUGACCGUGAUCGCCAUGAUUACUUCCAGGCUGGCCAAUUCAUCGUGGAUCUUCGCAUGGAAAUUCUUCCCAUGGCCCAGGACAUGUGGAACUCGGAAUUCGCGACUCAGUCUUCAAGCCAGAUUGUCAAGUGCUUGGUUGAUAUCCUUCGAUCAUCGCUGGACGGAGAACAUGAGCAAGGUGCCGCACACAAGUCGGACGUUGCUCCUGCUGUCACUGAAGCUGUCAAGAAGCCUUUCACGAUCAACAAGGAUAGGCUAGCGAUCCUGACCGGAAAGGGCUUCGAAGACUCUGAGCUAAACCACGAGGCCUUGUACCGCUGCAACAACAAUGCCAACUAUGCAGAGGAGUACUGCAACGCCCGGACCUUCCUUCGAGCUCCUCCUAGAGCUCCUCCUGGUUCUGGUGAUGUUCAGACUGGACCGCCCGAGGCUGCCUCUGGCAACGAGGGUCCGGAAGACGGCGGUCUUGGGGACGUUACGCCUCUCGAUCGGGGUCUUUUGGAGCAAGGUGGUCUUGCCAUGAUCUUGGCGCAGGCAGGGCGUCCUGUGCACGACUCCAUGAAUGAUGACGACGACUCUAAUGCCAUGCGUGACGGCCUAGCUCGUGCAAUCUCAAAUGUUCUGAACGACGAAGAGGGUAUGCUUCGAGGUGAAGAUGGGCCUCUGUUCCUCACGGAGCGUGAGCGUGAGCGCCAGCGCCAGCGCCGCCGAACCCAAGCAACCGCCGACUCUGCCGACCAACAGAGAGCCAAUCAACCCCAGAGAGAGGACCAGAGAGCAGAGCCCGUCGAACGGCGCCAGCUGGUUACCGUCGAAGACCUGAAUGCCGAGAGAGAAAAGGUCCGAGCCAACCUCAUUGAGCGGUCCCUGGAUGUUCUGAACGAGCACCAUGACGUCUCCUUCGAGCUUGCCGACUUGAUUAGUUCUGCUAUCAAGAAUCAUCCCGAGCCCGAUAGCUUCCGACGGGAUAUCGGUGAGACUCUUGUCCAGUCCCUCGUUUCUCUGCAAAUGGAGAAUUUCCAAACAGCUGGCAAGAAGGUCGCUGCCUAUGCGCACAUUCUCGCUCUGGUACUCCAGGAUUCGAAGAUGUACACCGCCACUCUGGAAGAGCUGAAGGAUUGCUUCUCGACAUUCCUCAGCUUCAUCAAGCUUCCCACCCCGGAGAAGGCCACGGCUGAAUCUUUCCCGUGGAUCGGCCAUGUCUUGCUCAUUCUGGAGAAGUUGCUCUCUGAUGAUUGUCAACCGCCGCAAAUCACAUGGUCUCCACCCAGCCUUGAGGAUCCCAACGGCGGCAAUUCUGGACCCGCUCAUCUUGCAGAGCCUCUGGUCUCUCUUGAGCAGAAGACCCAGCUGUUUGAGGCUUUGGUAGAAAUUCUGCCUCGCAUUGGCAAGGAUGAUAGUCUCGCGCUUUCUGUCUGUCGAAUUCUGGUCAUUCUUACUCGCCAACGCAGCAUUGCCGUCCGUUUCGCACCCAAGCGAAACUUGCAGCGUCUCUUCCUCAUGGUCAAGCAAUUGGCUAACGCAACCAACGACAAGCUUCAGAGUGCCUUCAUGUUGAUCUUGCGACACAUUGUCGAAGACGAAGCUACGAUCCGACAGAUCAUGACCGCGGAGAUUGUGGGCAAUUUCGAGAGCAAACCCUCUCGCCAGAUUGACGCUGCUGGCUAUGUGCGACAGAUGUAUCAUCUUGUUCUCAGGAACCCCGAAAUCUUUGUCGAGGUUUCCAACGAGAAGCUGCGCUUGGUGCGGUAUGACGCUAGUCAUCGCACACAAGCCCUUGCAUUGAAGGAAGAACGGAACGCCCGCCAACGUCAGGACAAGGACGACAAGACCAAUGAGCCAUCCGCUGCCGAAGCAUCAUCGACCGCAGAGGAGAAAGAGAAGGAGAAGGCCGCCGAGAUGAAGCCUCCCGUGGUGGAAAACCCAGAUGGUGUUAUUCACUAUCUGCUCUCUGAACUUCUGUCUUACAAGGACGUGGAUGACAAGGAACUUCCAACGGCCGAAGCUGAACAAGCCGUUCAAGAUCAGACCGAACCUCAAACUGAUGUUGAGAUGUCCAUGGACGAGCCCACUCCGUCGGUGACCAGCAGUGCCGAUGCUCAGACGAGUCGUGCCCCUAAGAAGGGUGAGAAGCCGUCAUUCGAGGCCGAGCAUCACCCGAUCUACAUCUACCGUUGCUUCCUCCUUCAAUGCUUGACUGAGCUCCUCGGCUCCUACACCCGCACCAAGGUCGAGUUCAUCAACUUCUCGCGCAAAGCCGAUCCGCUCGCUAGCACUCCUUCUAAGCCUCGAUCAGGUAUUCUCAACUACAUGUUGAACGCGCUGGUUCCUCUCGGCACCAUGGAGCAUGAUGAGUCUUUGACUUUCAAGAAGCGCAGCAUUACUUCUACCUGGACCAUGCAGGCCCUCGUGGCUCUUUGCACCAAAACCUAUGAGCUGCCCGGUUCCAGACGCCGCAAUGAGCCGAAGCCAACGGAGGAUGAUGAGCCCGAGGUGGCAUUUGUCCGCCGCUUUGUCCUAGAGCAUGCCCUCCGCUCCUUCAAGGAAGCUAAUGCAUCAACGGAGCCCCUGGAUGUCAAGUAUUCCAAGCUUAUGUCCUUGGCCGACCUCUUUGAUAAGAUGCUCAGUGGGUAUUCCUUCUCCCAGGAUGCUGGCUUCCCCAACUCGGCAAGACAAAUUGCCAAAGCCAUGUUCGAGAAACAUUUCAUUCCUGCGUUGACCGCCUCAGUGGCCGAGAUUGACUUGAACUUCCCUUCAUCCAAGCGGGUUAUUAAGUAUAUCCUGCGGCCAAUCAACAAGCUCACCCAAACUGCUGUGAUGUUGAGUGAUAAUGGGGAGAUUUCUACGGCCAGCUCUGGUGAAACCGAGGAUGAUGAAAUCUCAUCUGCCACCUCCGUCUCGGACAUGGAAGACGAGCGAGAGGAAACUCCCGAUCUCUUCCGCCAUUCCACCCUUGGCAUGCUGGAGCCUCGCCACGAGGAAGAAACCAGUUCCGAGGAAUCUGAGGGUGAAGACGAUGAAAUGUUGUACGAUGACGAAUAUGACGAUGAGAUGGACUAUGAUGAGGAUGUCCCUGAGGAUGACGGUGAAGUCGUCAGCGACGAGGAAGACGACGUGGAUGGAGUCGGCCCCAUCGAAGGUCUCCCCGGCGAUGCAGUCGAAGUCAUCAUCGAUGAUGAGGACGAUGAGGACGACGACGACGAGGAUGAUGACGAUGAUGACCUCGACGACCACUCAGACAUGGAUGAAGACGAUGAUGACAUCUAUGCUGGCGAAAUCACAGGCGAUCGUGACAACGAGAGCCUUGAUGACGGGGAAGAUGACGAGUGGGAGAGCGACGAAAUCACCGAAGAUGAAGAAGAGGCCGAGAUGAUGAACCAGUUCCAAGACGAGCUGGCUGACAUGCGUCAAGCCAAUCGGUCCGGCGAUGCCCACAAUCGCAUUGACGAACUCUUCCGGGCUCUCAACCAAGCUACUGGUGACGAUGAUUUGCACGACCAUGGCUUGGGAGGCGAUAUUCACGAUGAAAUUCUUGAUGAUUUGAACGAAGAUGGUGGUGCGCCAUUACCCCCGUUUCUCUCCUAUACCUUUGCGGACCUCUUUUCUGACCAACAACGUAUAGAAGAAGACGAGAUGGAUGAGCUUGAGGAGGAAGCUGAUGAUUAUGACGAGUACGACAUGGAUCAAGGGUCUGAGGGUGAUAUGGAAGAUGACGAUCUUCUUGAGCCUUGGGGCUGGGAGGGCGACGAGGCUCCGCCACCUCGACACCAUCACCACCGCAUGCGUGGUGGACCACCUUCUGCCUGGGCUGCCGUUACUGAAAUAAUGCCUGGUCGCCACGGGGGUCUCGUUCCAAUCCAGCCAUUCCACCGCGUUCACAGAAACCAAGUGCCAUCUCGCGGUAACGACGAUGGAACCAACCCUCUGCUUGUCCGAAACGAUCGUGGUACCGAUCCUAAUGCUCACAUCCGAGUACCCGGUGCGGAUAUGUUUGCUGACUGGGCUCAACUAGAGGGCGGCGGCAGUCGUUUCGUUCAAUUGGACAGCCCCAUGAGCUUCAUGAAUGCCAUCAUGGCUGCCAUCGGUGGAGGACCACAAGCCCCUGGAUUGGGUGUCGUCACCCGCCCAGAUGGUAUCCACGUUCAUGUGGACCGACGAACCAUCCUUCCUAACCGUCUCAACGACUUGUUCGCCAGCGCCCAGCAACAGACGUCGCAAUCUCGCCGCAAUGAUCCCCAUAAUGCGGUCAAGUUCAAUUUGUCAACGACUAGAAACCGUUGGCAGGAAGAAGCUCGCAUUCUUUUCAGCGGCACCUAUUCGGAGAAGUGUAUGCGUGUCAUCAACUCGUUGCUGAAGGUCAUGGUUCCUCCCGCUAUUGAGGAGGAGAAGCUACGCAAGAAGCAGCUGGAAGAAGACCGGAAGCGUGCCGAUCAAGAACGGGCCGAGAAAGAGCGCAAGGAGAAGGCUGCUCGUGAAGAAGAAGAGCGCGAGCGCAAGCGCAAGGAAGAAGAGGAGAAUGCUCGCCGCCAGGCCGAGAGACAACAGCAGGAAGCGGAGCGUCAAGCUGCUGGAGUUGCUGAGCCCAUGGAAGAUAUCCAGCAGACCGAUAGUGCAGCUGAAGCUGCUAGUGCUGCUCAGCCAGAAGCUGCCCCUGUUGAGCCAGCUCAACGUGUUCACACGACCAUUCGGGGUCGCCAACUUGAUAUCACCGGCCUGGAGAUCGACCCUGAGUACCUGGAGGCACUUCCAGAGGAGCUCCGGGAGGAAGUGAUUAUGCAGCAACUUGCUGAGCAGCGAUCUCAAGCUGCUGCUGCCGGCGAGGAGCCCACCGAAAUCAACCAGGAGUUCCUGGAGGCCUUGCCCGCAGAGAUCCGUGAAGAAUUGCUGCAACAAGAAGCUGCCGAUCGGCGCCGACGGGAACGUGAAACUGCUCGCCGGCAGGCUAAUGCUGGCGGUGCCCCACCUCGCGCCGAGGACAUGGAUGCUGCUAGCUUCCUUGCCACCCUUGACCCAUCGUUGCGCCAAGCCGUUCUGGCGGACCAGCCUGAGGAUGUACUGGCAACCUUGGGUCCCGAGUACCUGUCUGAAGCCCGGGCCCUAGGUGGCCGCCGUAUUGCCCAAUUCGGUGACAUUACUGCAGCUGGAAUGGACCAUCGCCCUAGAGGCGAGGCUGCUGGAGACUUGGAGGCCAAGAAAAACCAGAGACGUCCAGUCGUUCAAAUGCUAGACAAGGCCGGCGUCGCAACUCUGCUUCGCCUGAUGUUCAUGCCUCUUCAGGGUAACGCACGUCAUUUGUUGAACGACAUUCUUCACAAUGUCUGCGAGAACCGCCAGAACAGAAGCGAGGUUAUUAGCCUGAUUCUGUCCGUUUUGCAAGAUGGCAGUGUUGAUUCUUCCGCUAUCGAGCGAAGUUUCUCGCACCUCUCUCUCCGGGCGAAGGCUCCCGGUGCCCAGAAGACCCCCCAGUCUGUCAAGCGCAACAUCGCUCUUCAACCAUCUUCGAGUAUCAGCAGCGAGGUCACUCCAAUCAUGGUCGUGCAGCAAUGCUUGGCUACGCUGUCGUUCCUCUCCCAGUUCAACCCCCACAUCCCCUGGUUCUUCCUGACUGAACAUGAUUCGGCUUCGUCCCUCAAGCUGAAGGCCCUCCGCAAGGGCAAGGGCAAGGAGAACCGUUCCAACAAGUUCGCACUCAACGCUUUGCUUUCUCUCCUGGAUCGCAAGUUGAUCAUGGAUAGCCCGAACUGUAUGGAGCAGCUGUCCAACCUACUGAGCACUAUCACCCAGCCGCUCACUGUUCUCCUCCGCCGCGAGAAGGACAAGCAAGAUGAACAAGACAAGGGCAAGAAGCCAGAGGGUGCGCCAGCGGAGGCCGUUGAACAACAACCUGCGGAAUCAACUGAAUCUGGUGCGGAUACUACCAUGACCGACGCUCCUCUCCCAACCGUUGAGAGUGCCGAGGAUCAAGGUACCACUGCAGAAGGCGAAGAGGCCAAGGAUGACAAGAAGACUGGCGAUGAACAGCCUGCCGAAGAGAAGCGCAAGCGCCGAUCUAUUGAGCCUCCAGUCGUUCCCGACCACAACUUCCGAUUGGUUGUGCACAUUCUUGCUGCUCGUGAAUGCAAUGGAAAGACUUUCCGUGACACUCUAUCCACCAUCAACAACCUGUCGAUCAUCCCUGGAGCUCGUGACGUUAUUGGCGAAGAGCUUGUUGCUCAAGCGCAGACUCUCAGUGAUACCAUCCUGGCUGAUCUUGGAGAGCUUCUUCCCCACAUUCACCAGGCCAAGACUGGCACUGAUAUGCAAGGUCUGGCUCUGGCCAAGUUCUCCCCCGCCAGCUCUGAUCAGGCCAAGUUGCUCCGUAUUCUUACGGCCCUUGACUAUCUCUUCGAUCCUUCCCGUGUCGACAAGUCCAAGGUCCCAGAACCUGAAUCUGCGCCCAAGGAGGAUGUGCUCAAGAGACUCUACGAGAGUGCUACCUUCGGUCCCCUGUGGACCAAGUUGAGCGAUUGCUUGACGCUCAUCCGCCAGAAGGAGAAUAUGCUGAACGUGGCUACCAUUCUUCUGCCAUUGAUUGAAGCAUUGAUGGUUGUCUGCAAGAACACUACUCUCAAGGACCAGCCGCUUUCUCGUGGUAGUCGCGAGCUUUCUGUCAACAGUGCAUCGGCCGAUGCUGGUCUAAGCAUGGAGAACCUCUUCUUCAAGUUUACCGAGGAGCACCGAAAGAUUCUCAAUGAGCUCGUCCGCCAGAACCCCAGGCUGAUGAGUGGUACUUUCUCUCUGCUUGUGAAGAAUCCCAAGGUCCUGGAGUUUGACAACAAGCGGAACUACUUCACUCGUCGUGUACACUCUCGUGGUGCAGAGCCUCGCCACACCCAUGCUCCUCUUCAACUCUCCGUUCGCCGUGAUCAGGUCUUCCUUGACUCUUUCAAGUCGUUGUACUUCAAGAGUGCAGACGAGCUCAAAUAUGGCAAGCUGAACGUGCGAUUCCACGGAGAAGAAGGUGUGGACGCCGGUGGUGUUACCCGUGAAUGGUUCCAGGUCCUCGCUCGUGGCAUGUUCAACCCCAACUACGCACUCUUCAUCCCCGUUGCUGCCGAUCGGACCACAUUCCACCCUAACCGUCUCAGUGGUGUCAAUUCCGAGCACUUGAUGUUCUUCAAAUUCAUUGGACGGAUCAUCGGCAAGGCCUUGUACGAGGGCCGCGUUUUGGACUGCCACUUCUCUCGUGCUGUCUACAAAUGCAUUCUUGGGCGCACCGUGUCUAUCAAGGAUAUGGAGACUCUUGACCUGGACUACUACAAGUCUCUGCUGUGGAUGUUGGAGAAUGACAUUACCGACAUCAUCACCGAGACCUUUGCCAUCGAGACCGAUGCCUUUGGCGAGAAGCAGGUGAUCGACCUGAUUCCCGAUGGUCGCAAUAUUCCAGUCACCCAGGAGAACAAGGAGGAGUACAUCCAGCGCGUGGUCGAGUACCGCUUGGUGGAGUCUGUGCGGGAGCAGCUUGACAAUUUCUUGAAGGGCUUCCAUGAGAUUAUCCCUCCAGAUUUGAUUUCCAUCUUCAACGAGCAAGAACUGGAGCUUCUGAUCUCCGGUCUGCCCGACAUUGAUGUGGACGAAUGGAAGAAUAAUACCGAGUACCACAAUUACUCCGCCUCCUCGUCGCAGAUCCAAUGGUUCUGGCGUGCUGUUCGCUCCUUUGACAAGGAAGAGCGUGCCAAGCUGCUUCAGUUCGUCACGGGUACGUCCAAGGUCCCUCUCAACGGCUUCAAGGAGCUUGAGGGUAUGAAUGGUGUGAGCAAGUUCAACAUCCAUCGCGACUAUGGAAACAAAGAUCGUCUUCCUAGCGCGCACACAUGCUUUAACCAGCUUGAUCUUCCCGAAUAUGAAAGCUAUGAAGAUCUCCGCCAGCGCCUCUACACCGGAAUGACGGCUGGUAGCGAGUACUUCGGUUUCGCAUAG